GCUUCAUAAAGUUCAAAAACUACGCGUCCCUUCCUUCUCACAACGAUCAGCAAAAAACCCUAAAACUUUCUCUCUCUGCUUCUUUCUCUUUCUCUCUUCCUCCGAGUUUUCCCGGAAUAUCCUUUCCUCCUUUUAUUUUCCGGGAAUUCCGAUUCUGCUUGCUUUGCUUCCUUUUACAGAUUAAAUCACACUUGUCUCUCUGUACGUUUUCCAUGAAUGGAAGACAAAGACAAAGCAGUAUCAUCCCGCCCUGCAAUAUCUCCGACUGAGUUCACCACCGACUCUUCCAGCUGGGCACUCGGUCCCGAUGACUCUGACGGCGUCUAUUUCUUCUCAGGAGACCGAGACGCCAGCAGUAUACUCAGCGAGUUCGGGUGGAAUCUCGAACCGGAGGAAACGCACCGGAUCGGUGUCGAUGGUACGUCUGAUGUGGCGGGAGGAGAAGGAGGGGGCGGAGGAGGAGGAUUGUGGUUUCCAGAUCACUCUGCUCCGGGUGGCUCGACGGAACAAGCUGAGAAAGCGAACACGGUGGCAGCCGAUGCGUCCACGUCGAAUAAUCAAUCGGUGUCUUCGAGCUCUAGCGAGGAUCCGCCCGAGAAGUCCACCGUAUCAGAUGAAAAACCGCCGGAGAUACCGAGUAAAAGUAAAAAGAAGGGGCAAAAGCGAAUACGGCAGCCGCGGUUUGCAUUUAUGACUAAGAGUGAGGUUGAUCAUCUUGAGGAUGGCUACAGAUGGCGCAAGUAUGGCCAAAAGGCCGUAAAAAAUAGUCCAUUUCCUAGGAGCUACUAUCGUUGCACAAACAGCAAAUGCACGGUGAAGAAAAGGGUGGAGCGAUCUUCGGACGAUCCCACCAUUGUGAUAACAACGUACGAAGGCCAACACUGUCAUCACACAGUUGGGUUCCCUAGAGCAGGAGUAUCAAUCAUGAGCCAUCAUGAAGCUGCCGCGGCCUUUGCCGCAGCCGGCCAGUUGGCUCCUACAAUGUCACAGUUCUAUCAUCCGAUCCAAUUACCAAGAGAAAAUGCUAGUACUCUUUCUUCUCGGUCUCAAGCUCCUCUUCCUCCUCAUCACCAGCAGCAGCAGCAGGCGCAGGAUCAUGAACCAGCUGGAGUAUCGUCCAGCACUUUAAUGUGUCCAGAUGAUGCAGCCUCGCAGCACCCUCCCAUUGAUCAAGGACUUCUCGGAGACAUUGUGCCGCCAGGAAUGCGUAAUGGAUGAGGAGGGAGAGACAUGACGCAUGAUCAAGCAAGAGUUGAAGACGGCCAAAGCUAGUACAGGAAGAGAAGGGGGAGAGAGAGAGAAAACUGGGAAUAGAGAGAGAACCAACUUGGGUGGAUUUGCCUUACAUUCCCUGAACAAGUAGGCCACAGGGGGCACCCAUUUUUUCAGCAGCUAGCUUUUUCUCUAUCGACGAGCAUCAGAUUCCUUACUAUUAUUCAUGCAUGGAAGUCCCAUAUACAGUACCAGCAGGCUCUACCUAUAAUACCUAUAUAGCUACCAGGUAACUUCACUCAUUCCGGUUCAGCCAAAGCUUAAUUUAUAGAUAUAUAUAUAUAUAUAUAUAUAAUCAUAACGAAUAUAUAAUCUUCAUAUUAUUCAAUUUUAGUGAACAUAUGGUUCAUACAUAUACAAUAUGUAUAUUUAUUUAACAAUUGGGCCUGUAUAUAUAGCUAACUGAUGUAGAAUUGUUGAUUUUUCC